GAGUAAUGACACCGCUGGCGGGGGGUCAAGUUUUCAGAGCAUCGGUGACUGGGACGGCAAGAAGCUUUCCUUCCUUCCCUGCGCUCUUCCAAGUUCGGAUGCAGACCUCAACCCCGUCGGAGGAGGCGCAGCAAGUCGACCCUGUUGCAGAGAACUUUUCUCAGUUCCCCGCGACCAUCCAGCGCAUGCUGAGCUUGGAGAACGCUUGCCAGAUGGAGAAGAACAAGUUUGCUAUCAGAAACGCAAUCAAGGACUACCGACUGCACGAGUCUGACACGGGCAGCCCUGAGGUCCAGGUCGCGAUCCUGACUGAGAGGAUCAAAUACUUAACCUCGCACGUGCAAGUGCACCGCAAGGACAAGCACAAUGCCAGAGGCCUCACUCAGAUGGUCAACGACCGCAAGUCUCUGCUCAAGUACCUCAGGAGGGAGAGCGAAGAAAGGUAUCGCGCACUCAUCACCCGCCUGGGGAUUCGCGAUGCUAUCAACCUGAACCCGCAAAGAGUCUUCCUGCCCACCGACAUCGCCAAGAAAGCGGCGGAGAGAGUUCGCAGAAAGCUGGAUUUGGCCAAGGCAAAGGUGGUGGCUGCUGCUGGUGGUGGUGCUGUGUCGAAAAAGAAGAGGAAGGGAAGGAAGUAGAGGGAGGAGGAUGGUGGGCUGGUGGUUCUAGAGGCUCAAAGUGGGGUCCUUGCUUGUUGGUUGUAAAUCUUACUCUUCGAU